AUGUUCAACAGAAGAGUGAUCACACUAUCAGCACUUCGAUCAGCCAUAUUGUUGAUUUCAAUCGAGCAAAUUCUGUGUGCUGAUCAACAAUUCCAUGAGUUAUUAUUUAACGAAAGACCAUUACCAUGGCAGGAAUCGAAUUUAUUAGCUGCAUUAGCCAAUCGACUCAGUGGUGGUUACAUGCGUACAGAAAGGAGCAUUAAACGAGGUAAGGAGAUUCGAUACAAUUUUGCAGGUGCUCGGACUAGUGACUCGGGAACAACAGCCCUCGAAAAGUUGCUCUCAAAAACAGUGCCCUUGGGGACUGCUGCAUCCAAGGAUAACUUCAUCCCGGAUAAUUGCCCCGGGACAACGGUCCUUUGA